AGGAAAAAAAAAACAAGAAAUACAAACUACCUAUAUAAGGAAGAAAAACCAAAACGACCAAAGAAAUCUCUCUCACUUGAAACCCAAACAAGAUGAAGAAAUUUUAGAGAGAAACCAAAUCUAAAUCCACCAAAUUCUCCCAUUCCAAUUCUUUUUCUUGAUUAUCUUAAGGAUUUGAAAAACCCAGAUGGCAAACCAGCUAGAGAAUCUAGUGCAAUCAAUAAAAUCAAAAGUUAGAGCCUUGAAGAAAUCCAAGAAACCUUAUAUCAAAAUGGACAAAAGCUCAAGUGUUAAAGUUGAGAUCCGUAGCAGAAAAGCGAGAAAGCUUAUCGAUAAGACUCUCAAGGUUGCUGAUCGCCCUGGCAAGGGUAGUAUUUCUUGAUUUUACUUUUCUUCUGUUAUAACUUAAUUUCACUACUAAUUAAUAUAUCAUUGUCUGUAAAUAGGUUUUUUAUAUUAGAGUUUUUCUUUUCAAGUGCCUACCGAUUCUGUGUUUUUUUUUUCUUGGGAAAGCUUGGAAGUGUAUGUGUAUGGAACCGUUUCAGUUUUGGCUUAGCAGACAGUUCUUGUUUUUCUUUUAAGAUAGCUGUUUUGUUAAUGAAGUCAAAUUUAGAAUUUUGAAUGUUACGAUUGUAGUUGUUUAUUUUUCAUGAAUGGAACCCAAAAUUCAACUUUAA